UAUUCCAGCAUUGACACGAAUCCAAUCAGUGUAUAUAUCAUGCACCCUUUCUGGAAUCGAAUCGUUGCAGUUUGUCCUCUGUGGAUUGCUCCAAAUCUUCUCACAUUCACUGGUUUCCUCUUUACGGUUGCUGCCUUUUUGCUCCUCACAUACUACGAUUACUCUUUUUAUGCCUCAAGUGAUGUUAAUUAUCCACCCAUCCCUAAUUGGGUCUUUGCUGUCGUGGGAAUUUGUAUUUUUCUUGCAUACAUACUGGAUGGAAUUGAUGGUAAACAGGCACGACGGACACAUACCUCUGGUCCAGUGGGAGAAUUGUUCGAUCACGGGCUGGACUCAUGGACCACAAUAUUUAUUCCAACUUUAUUAUACUCAAUUUUUGGUCGAUCUCCGCCAAGUAUUCCUCCCUAUCGAAUGUUCUAUAUUUGUUGGCAUGUAUUUAUUAAUUUCUACCUUUCACAUUGGGAAAAAUACAAUACAGGCGUGCUUUUUCUCCCUUGGAGCUACGACAUAUCCAUGCUUAUGACAACACUAUUAUUUUUACUGACAUCAUUUACGGGUCAUGGAUUCUGGAAAAUAACAAUUUUCAAUGUUCUUACACUUGGCAAAGUCAUGGAAGUCAUCUUCUACCUCACAACUUUACUUUUCAACAUCCCUGUCACUUUAUACAAUGUUUAUGUAUCCUACAGAGAUAAUACUGGAAAAAUGAAGCCAUUUUUCGAGGCUAUCAGGCCAUUAGUUCCAUUGCUCAUUUUCUUUGCCUUGGCAUUGUAUUGGGCUCACAAAUCACCUACAAAUGUAAUAGAAAGAGAUCCAAGAAUGUUCUUCAUGUUGUCUGGAUCAGUAUUCUCCAAUAUUUGUUGUCGACUGAUUGUGGCUCAAAUGUCAAGUACAAGGUGUGAGGUGUUUAACCCUCUCCUAGUUCCUCUCUCAUUUGGUAUUUUGUUGUCAUUGAUGAUCCCCGUAUUGGAAUUGUUUAUCUUGUACGCACUUUUAAUCAUUGCAACUUUGGCUCACAUUUAUUAUGGUGCAAACGUUGUGAACCAAAUGUGUGAUCAUUUCAAAAUUAAAUGCUUCAAAAUACCAUACAAAUGAUUUUUCUGGCCCAUGUAAGUAAACAACGGAGUCAUUUACUCUAAGACACUUUACAACAUUUACUUAUUUUGCUUCUCUCUCUCUCUCUCUCUUUUGUUCUUGAACAUUUGUUGAAUUCGUAUUAUUUUUCUGAAUUUAUAUCUUGUUUGUAGUAUUGUAACAUUUGUAUUUAAUCAAAUGAGAGAUGAAACUUUGAACUCUGAAGUCAGAAAUAAGCUUAAAAUUCCUAAUAAAAAAUAAAAAAAUAAAAAAAAUUGAAAAAACUGGAAAUUGAACUCCCUAUUGUGUCAACAGAGUGCAAGUGAGGUAGGUUUUUUAAAUAAUUUAAGUACUUAAUUAUUGUUGAAUUCUUCGCUCCAAUUCCAUCAUACGCUAUAUGUGGUGUCCCAACAGUACUGCACGUUUUCUUUUUUUAAGGAACGGUAGCAGAUAUCAAAAUCCGGUUUGUGUAGUGUUAAAGUGCUAAUAAUGACCGCUAAAACAAGAUCAACUGGAACUCUUCAGAUAAAAAACUGACCAAGCCACAGCAUUUUGAAAAUGACAUGUCGGGUCGAUCCCUCCAGGAUUCCUAGAAUUUUUUUUGCGAAGGAACCAAAGAUUUAAAGAGUCAUAAAUCCUACAAAAAAACCCUGAUCGAAUGAAAUUUGGGACAUAGUGUCACUCAACAUGACUGCUCAGCACUUAUGACCACACUAGAGCAUAAUGUCAAAAAGCGGCAACAAAUGAAAGAGGUAUAUCGUCACCAAAGAAUUAGAGGAUAAGCAUGGGAUCGUCUGUCCUCCACACUCCCCUUAUAGCCUGGACCUCCUACCCUGUAACUUUGUAACUUUUGGCUGUUUUCCACGUCAAAGAAAGGCUUAGGAUGCAAAAAGUUCAACUUCAUCAACAAAUUCAACAGAGCUGUUGAAACUAUUCCCUGUACAUCUGCAGAAGUAAAAUUUCGAAAGAAAUCGUGUUUGUAGAAGUAGGAUACGCAGUUGCGGUGCUGUGUGGAAAGUGUAAGAAGGUAUUAGAGAAGGAAACCAGUGUCCAGUCGUCUGGUGAAGAAAAAUGAGUAACAGUACUUCUGGUGAGAUUCCAUAAUAUUAACUUAAUAUAACCAUCUGAAUAUUCAAAUCUUUGUUUUCGUUCAGAAAAAAAUGCUAAAAAUCCUGGAGGGGUCUGCCCACCAUGUCAUUUUCAAAACGAUGUAACUCGGUCAAUCUUUGACCUAGAGCGCUUGGGUUGACUUUGUUUUAUCAGUCACUACUAGCACUUGACGCUUUGCACACUGCAUUUUGGUAUCUGCGACCGUUUGUCCGAAUAAAGGAAAUGUGCAGUAUUCUUGGGACACCCUACUUAUUGUGGCUCUCUUGUGAGAAUUACUUUUCCUAAAGUUUAUAUCUAAGCAUGAGGGGAAAAAUAAUGAAGCCAUUUAUGUAGAAAUAUGUAGGUCAAGAAAUUUAUUACAGAUCAAAUCCUUCUCUCAAAAAAGAACUUCAGAAAUUUAAAUUUGAAGCUAAGUCAACGAGAAACAAUGAUUUUAAGAAAGAUCACAUCUGCUGGUUUUACAGAGAAAUUCUUUCAAGGCAUGAAAUGAACUACUUAGCUUAUUUAAGAGAGCUAGAACGAUUCAUAUUAAUCAAAGGCCAAUUACUGUUUAGAUUUUUAAUGACUUUUCGAAAAAAAUAAGUAUUUUGUAACUUCAAUAUAAAAAUAAUGAAGAAAUCAUCUGUCUCCUAAAAUGAGGGAAAAAAUCAAGGGGGGUGCCAUCUCUCAAAGAACUACAUGCAAUUGGUCUUAUUUCCUUUUAUUACUAUUAUAAUGUGCUCACACACACACGAUCUUUGAGGACAUUAUGGAGUGUUUUCUAAUUAUUUACAUGAACAAGGAAUUUUAACAUCCGUUGUGUAUAGAUAUACUGUGGGUUUUUCUUCAAAUUCUAAUUGUAAAAUAUGCCAGAAGUCUGGAACUCAGUACCAACACUCUUGUAGGUUUGCAGAUUCUAAUGAAGCGUUAUCCCUAAAAAUGGUGAAUGUUCGAUAUCUGCUGUUUGUGCUGGUAUGGCUUCAAAUCAUAGUUGUAAGUUUUUCAUUCAAGAUCUGUCUGCUUUAACUAAUGCAAGAAUUUUGAUAAUGAAAUAUUCAAUGCAAAAGGUAGUUUGUAAAAUUUCUCCCUCUGCAUUAUAGAUGAUUUUCUGUUUCUCUUGAAAACUAUUGCUUGUAUCCUUCGAAAUCUCAUUAAUCAUUUCUCUCUGUACAAAAUACACCAUUAAGAAAAGGAAAUAUUAUUUUCCCAACAGAGUGGUUCAAUCAGUAAAUUUCCAUGAACCUCUAUAAAAAUAUGAUAAAAAUUGUAAAGAGUUAUGACGGCGAAUUAUAUAGGACCAAACCAUGAAUAAAAAAAUUAGUUGACUACUUGAUACUUUUUAAAGUCCCUUUCUAACUCUUUAGGUGAAUCUCCAGCUGUAGUUCCGAAAAAAUCCAUCACGUCGCGCUGCUAAAAUUCGACUCCAAAAUCAGUGAUUAUUAUUUUAAUAUCACAAUAGAUAUUUCAAAUUCUAAGAUUCAUAACUUCUAGCAGCAUACGUCCGGAAUCCUUAGGAACAAACGCGAGCUUUGAAAGUUUAAUAAUAAAAGCUAUAACUUGAUCCCAGUUUCAAUUAUGGGAUAUCUGUAAGUGCGAGAGAGAUAUCUGCAACUGCUAAGAGGAGUCAAUCGCGAUCGGUUGCAUCAAGGUCAUCAUGCUGAACCCUACUCUUUUGUGGGAUCAAGUUUUAGAGCUUCAGAAAUUACUUUUCACGUCUUUUUUAUUGUCAAUAGAAAGAAGAAUGUUAUGGCUAGAACUUAUGACUCUUCGAUUUUAACAGAAAUUCCUUUAACUUUCAUCAAAGCUCAAGGUUUCAUGUGGGGCUGUACGGACUCUAAAAGCAUGGACCAAAAAAUCACUCCCUGCGCAAAAAAUUUUCUUACUACGCACCGCUGUAGAUUCACCAUAAAACUAGUUCCAAUCGGCAGCAAGUGCCCUAAAGUUGAGAAGUUUCUGUGCUGUGACAUUUUUUGUCAAUGUUGGUCCUUAUUUUUAUUAUCCUAUCCUCAAAUGGCCAACGGAAAAUUGUGUUAUUUAUACAUUCUACACCUUGUCUCAUCAUUCAGGACGAUCCUUUAAUCUGUAAGAAAAUGAGGAAGAAAAAAAUUCGCUCUUGUUGGUUUAAAAUCCAAAAUCCAUCCCUCUCACUGAGGAAAGAUUUAACAGAGUGUCAUUAUCAAAUUUCUAAAAUUAUGGCUAAAAAGAUUUAACUUAAGAGUUUUUAUUACUUUGAAAUUUAACUAAAGAAAUUUUUUGUUAAACAUCACCCUUUGUUAUCAUGUUGUUAAUGUUUUUCUUGCAUUAAUUUAAGUGUUCAUUUUCUACUGCUCUUUUUUUAUUCGGAUCAAUGUCUUUCGUAAAUUUGAACAGCAAAGGAGACAACUCAAUUUUGGUAUGUUUUUAAAACGUAACAAGGAACGGUAUUUAAUGCAUGCGUGAGUAUUUAGUUCUCCAAUUAUGCCUCAUUGUCUGAAUAAUUUCUAACAUAAAUAUUGAAAAGAAAACUUUUUUUUUGAGACCAAUGUUGGAAGAGGUCCACAUAAUCAAUGUUGAUUAAGGUGCUUCCUUUUUCUUUAACGUCAUAUUUCUGUCAUAAAAAAAUUAUUCUUAAUAUCCUUGCCAUUUUUACUCUUUUGUCUCUUUUCUUUGUUAAAAUGCUCUAUGAUAAUGAAAAUCAUUAUUUUGUAUAUUAAUUUUUCAUUAUUUAGCAGCAGUUGGAAAAAUAAUAGCAGUCUUUGCAGAAUAAUUACAAAUUCAUGAAAGUUGUGAUUUACUAAAUGCUUAAUCUUACACUCUCUAUCCUUUCCUGUGCAGUCUCUCUUAUUUGUUUGUCCUAUUUGUUGUUGCAAGAGAGCUCUCUUGCAUAUUUAUUUGAUAUUUUUUCAAUGGGUCCAUUUGUCCAUCCAUUUUUGACUCAGUGUUUCUUUUGUCUGUGCUAUCUUUCAAAUCUUACAUCCCAAGAAUUUCUGCAAUCUUCUUUCCUAUUUUUUAACUUUAGUCAUAAUUUUUCGUUCUUUGAGCUGUAACUUAUUCCUGGAAGAAAGAAAUUUUCGUAAGCUUCAUACCUUUUGCUUCUCAUUUACUUCCUUCAGUGGUGUGGGGUAUGUUUGGUGACAGGACAAGCCAUGGCAACUGCCAUUUCACCUGGGUUGGAUCUCACCGCAGGGGGUAUAAGAUAUUCCCCAGGUAUAGACGAACGUCAGGGAAAAUGUUAAAGAUUUAGACCCUCUCUAACCCCUGUCUUCAAUCGCAGGAAUAAAAUAUGAUAACUUGUUUCGGUGAAAAUAUUGUCUUAUUCCUUUCUUUUAUCUCUAUUUAUCUCUUUUCCUCAGCCCUUUUUUUCAUUAAUAUUCCCGGCUUGAGAGAAUGCAGUCUUAACUUUGAUGGAAUUAAGUAGAAAAAUGCAUGAAGCACUGCGAUGACUUUAAAGGUUAACUGCCUGGAAACUGCGCUUCUCAACUCCUGCUGUUGCUGAGAGACAAAAGAAGCGAGCUUGCAAAUAGCAUGUUUUAUUGAUCCAAGCUGGUAGUACACUGUAGCUGCAUCACAUUUAAUAACCUGUCUCUGGUUUUUCUAAUGUGUAAUUUAUUUUCUUUUCAUUAAGAUAUACUCAUUAAUAACCUUUUUUCAAUCGUAUUAAGCAAAAAUUCAAUCAACUUUUUGGGCAUAAUUUUCUUCUUUCCUCUCAAAUCUUGAAACAAGGUUGCUCUACUUUGCCCCUCAGACUGCAUGCCGUUGUCCUGUUUGCCUUUUUUACUUUGAAAGCUACAAAUACCUUAUUGUUUAGUCUCUAUGUGCUUUAAAGAUUCUUAUGUUGUGAAAGCUGUAAAUGAUUUUUAAAUUUAAUUUUGAUCAAAAGUAUUUUUGAAAUGAAAAUGAAUGUAUUACAUGUCUGCAUCCCUCCUUAGUCUCGAACUAGGUCCCUCGUCUGAACCAAAAGAUAGAUAAUUUGUAUAAUUCUGUCACAAUGUACUGGAAGUUCUUUUGCAAUGAAGAAACUAAAAUAAAAAAAUCAGAAUAUUGUAUAAGUUUAUAAAUUUUCAGUCCUUCUUUUUAUUUUUUCAAAGGAAAAUCAACUACCACUCGGCAUGCAAUUUUUCGAUCAAUGAUAAAAUAAAUUUUGUAAAAUUUCACUGGUCGAAAAACAUUCAAGUUGCCUAUAAUCUAAUAACAUGUGACAGGGAGUUAGCAAUUUUGGAAUUUAUUACAAAGAAUUUUCUAGAUUCACCAUCCCUAUGUUAACUGAGAUGCAACUGAAAUGGAUGAUGUAUCAAUUCUUGAAGAAUUGAUUAAAGUACAUCUCCAAAGGAAAUCACACUAAUAAUUUUUAAGAUUACACAUAAGAUGUUCUCACCCAAGUUGUAUUCUAUUUCUUUCUUAAUACUCUGCGUUGUUUGGAUUCAUGAAAUAUAUUAUUUCCUCCAUUCUCUA